CCAAAUAUUCCUCCUUUCAUCUUUCUUUCUGAUCAAAUAUUUUCACGUACGAAGCAAAAAUGAAGAGCCGGAGCAGAAACUUCGCCACCCUGAGUUUGAUGAUAAUUACGGUUUUGUUAAGGACGAAGAUUGUGGCUGGACAAGAAGCACUAUUAGGAAAGAAAGUAUUGCCGUUGUGCCACAGAGAAUGUAUGCCAAUAUGCAUGAAAGUGACAGAAGCAACGCAAGAAAUUUGUGAGGGGGCAUGCCAAGCUGGUUGUGUCCAGCUUCAAGGACGAGGCACCGGACUUUCAGCCACUGAUCAAGGAGUCGAUAUGGUAAUUGCAUAGAGAAAUAUUUAAUAUAUUUUUACAGGAAAAAAAAUAAGAUUUUGUAUCACCAUACGGUAGUUAUCUUUUAUAUGUAGCUGAUUGUACAACUGGGGAAUCUCUUAAACACCGAUGUAGCAAGUAUGCAUUAUGAUAAAUAUUAUCCAGUCUAUUCCGAAAA